AUUAGCCGUCUAGCCAACAAAUUACAUAACUAAUCCCAUCGCAUCAAUAAUCACCCCCUCACUAAUCUCCAUCUUAACCAUGUCAUUAGUCAUCACAACAGCAUAAUUAAAUCAUUAUGUGGCCCAGAUUACCCCACAUCUUAUCUUCCUCUAUAUAAAAACAUCAGAGCAACCAAGCUAAGCCAGACAAAAUGUUGAGCACGGGAGAAAUGUUCACCCAAAUGGGCUCACUCAUAGCCGGAAUCAUGUUCAUCUGGGCCAUGUUCCAACAAUACUUCCCUUACGAACUCAGAACCUCUCUUGAAAAAUACACACACAAGCUCUUCUCUCUCGUCUACCCCUACAUCCAAAUCAAGUUCAAUGAGUUCACCGGGGAGCGCCUCAUGCGCAGCGAGGCCUUUUCCGCUAUCGAGACUUAUUUAGCUUCCAAUUCAUCCAUGCAAGCCAAGAAGCUUAAGGCUGACACCCUCAAGAACAGCCAGUCUCUGGCUCUCAGCAUGGAUGAUAACGAAGAAGUGGCUGAUGAGUUCAAUGGUGUUAAGGUCUGGUGGGUCUCGGGGAAAAACGUUUCUAAGGCUCAGAGUUUCUCGUUUUAUCCCACUAGUGAUGAGAAAAGGUAUUAUAAGCUUUUGUUUCAUAAGAAACAGAGGGAGCUUAUAAUUGGGCCUUAUUUGUCACAUGUUUUUAAGGAGGGUAAGGCUAUAACUGUUAAGAAUAGGCAGAGGAAAUUGUAUACGAAUUCGGGGUCUCAUUGGAGUCAUGUUGUGUUUGAGCAUCCUGCCACAUUUCAAACCCUAGGGAUGGACCCUGUGAGAAAGCGAGAAAUUGUGGAUGAUCUUGUGAGGUUUAGUAAUGCUCAGGAUUAUUAUGCGAAAAUUGGGAGGGCUUGGAAGAGAGGGUAUCUUCUUUAUGGGCCUCCCGGGACGGGGAAGUCUACUAUGGUUGCGGCGAUGGCUAAUUUGCUGGAAUAUGAUAUUUUUGAUCUUGAAUUGACUGCGGUGAAGGAUAAUACGGAGUUGAGGAAGUUGUUGAUUGAGACGUCGAGUAAGUCGAUUAUUGUGAUUGAGGAUAUUGAUUGUUCGUUGGAUCUCACGGGGCAGAGGAAGAAGAAGAGGAAGGAGGAUGAGGAUGAGGAUAAGGAAGCAGUGGCGAAAAAGCUGAUGAAAGAUGAAGGGGAGGCGAAGACUAGUAAGGUGACUCUUUCGGGGCUUCUGAAUUUUAUUGAUGGAUUGUGGUCUGCUUGUCGUGGUGAGAGAUUGAUUGUUUUCACAACGAAUUAUGUGGAGAAACUUGAUCCUGCGCUGAUCAGGAGGGGAAGGAUGGAUAAGCAUGUGGAGCUGUCGUACUGUUGUUUUGAGUCGUUUAAGGUGUUGGCGAAGAAUUAUCUUGAUGUGGAGGCACAUUGUUUGUUUGAUAAGAUUAGGUUGUUGCUGGAGGAAGUUAAUAUGAGUCCUGCUGAUGUCGCGGAGAAUUUGAUGGUUAAGAGCUCGAUUGAGGAUGCUGUUGAUGGUUGCUUGGAGGGCUUGGUGGGAGCUUUGGAGACGGCAAAAGAGGAAGCAAGGGUGAAAGCUGCUGAAGAAGAAGCAGAGAAUGCUAAAAGAUUGUUGGCUGAGCAAGUGAAAGCAGAGGAGAAAGUUGAGGAAGUGGCUGCUGUUAGUCAAGAAAACGGAACAAAAAAUGAAUCUAGUGGUGAAAAUGGUUCAUUAGCCAAAGAAGAAUUGGCAAAGUAAUGAGACAAACGUUAUGCAUUUGUAAGGAUUGAGAAUGUAGUUAUGGACUUGAGGUUGCUGAUCGAAUGUAGUCUACGAGAAAAUGUAGUUCCGAGAUGGAUUUGGUUACGAAAUGGGAACAAAUUUGUAUUAGUUUUAAGUGACAGAAGCAAAUAAAAUCGGAAGCAAAGUGAAUCAUUGCGCCCGUUUGUUUGAGAGAAAUAGAAGCUUUUUGUAACUCCUGCUUUUCUUAACCCGUAGAAACAUUUUUUACCUAGAA